AUGCCGGAGGAAGACCUGGCCAAAGAAGAGCUUCUGGAGGCCCUGCGAAAGGCCCUGGACGUGCGCGGUGACGGGCCGUUGCGUGCAGCGCCCCUCUGCGAUGAGCUGAAGCAGCUUCGCGACGUGUCUUUCCGCCUCGCGGAGCUGCAGCACGAGAUGUUGGCGCAGCGAGACAGCCUGGGAGUGCAGCGCCAGGAGCUUGCUCGCCGUGAGGCUGAGCUCAAGGUGCAGCAGUUAGAGCUCGAGAAGCAGCGAUGGCAAGCCUCCGACGACAUCUCGGGGAGUCAUCCCAUUCCAAGUUGGCUGGAAAGGAACUCUGACGGCACGAUGAAUGUGGCCGUUGUUGGCAAUUCAGGGGUGGGCAAGUCCCUUCUGAUCAACAAGAUGCGGCGGAUAAGACCUGGUGUCCCAGACUGGGCACCCACGGGGGUUAGGGAGACAACUCUACGUCCUACCUCCUACGGCUUCCCGCAGCUCGAGAAGGUCCGCUUGUGGGAUCUUCCGGGUGCCGGGACCCCCGGCUUUCCGAAGGACAGCUACAUCCGCGACAUGGGCCUUCGCUACUUCGACUCUGUCUUGAUUGUCACGGCGGGACGCUUCACCUCUAUAGACGAGGCCUUGCGAGCGGAGCUCGAGGCGUGCGGUGUGCCAUUCUUCAUGGUCAGGACCAAGAUUGAUCUCGAUGUCUGGAACAACAAAGAGGACAACCAAAUCGAGGAGGAAGCGACACUCGAGAGUAUCCGCCAAGAGCUCUACAGACUUCAUGGAGUGGAUCGCCUGUACUUGGUAUCAUCCAGAGAUCCAGACCGCUACGACAUGCCGGCCCUCCUGGCAGAUGCAUUUCCUGGCGUGAGGGCGCACCUCGAAGCCACGAGUUUCCUUUUCACAGGUGGAAAGGGAGAGUUUGGAGACUCCUGGUCAAUGCCUGUUAUCUGGUCGUCCACCGUCGCAGGUGUCCAGGGACAGUGGCAGGAUGCCUUAGAGAAUCUGCUGUACAUAGUUGAUGGCACGGAUGUGCACAUCACACGUGACGACGGCCAGACAGCCAUCAUCCAGCUGACGGAAGCAGAUGGCAAGGUGUGGCUUCAAGACCGCUGGUACAUUGAUCUGGCGCCGAGUCUGUGGGCAAAGCUCGUGAGUCGUCGGAGCUUCGUUGGAUACCGACAGAUGCCUGGCAUUGAUUACGGUGAGCUCGUGAAGGAUGCCAACAAGGAGCGCUUGUCAGCAAUUUCAGUCCGCCAAUGCGUGGCAGUACAACUGCAAGGUUUUGGAGGUGCGGGCAAUUCUGCACAGAAGCUGCAGCUGUCUGCGGCGGCCUUGUAUGGACGUGCAGAUGCUACUUUCUGUAUUUCUUCUCCCAUUCGUGUGAAGGAGCUGCUAGACGAAGCCCGGGACUAUUUGGACAGUCCACAGGCGGCGAAGGUCUUUAGAUUGGCCGUCCACGCAGCUGCUUACCGGCUGCCUGCGCAGCUGGCUGCGCUUCCUGGACAACUUGGUCUAAAGGCCUCGCCUCUGCAGGUCCCGGACGGCUCGGUUAAUCUGGCCUUGCUUUUCGGCCCUUGCAUCCACCUAACCAACGCCCUGCUGCGAGAUGCUGAUGGCAACGGGGCCGGUGAGACUGCCACAGAGGCGACGGUUAGAUCCUUUGCCGACCACAAAGCCAUCUCGGAUUUUUGCGAGCAGAUCUACAACCAGCAGCCCCUUGCGAAGUGA